AUGCCAAUGUGGUGCCCUCUGUUUAUCCAGACUUUCACAGGGGCUGCUCGCACCUGGUUCAACAGCCUUCCGCCUGGAAAGAUCACGUCAUGGGUCGACUUCAGAACCCAAUUUGUAAAUCAUUUCAGCCAGCAAAGACGUUACCAGCGCGACACAGCUGAGGUAACAGACAUCUGGCGCAGAGACAAUGAGGGGCUAGAAGAUUUCAUCACUCGCUUCAACAAGGAGUGUUUAGAGAUUGGUAGUGUAAACGAACAAUUGAUGCGCGCUCACUUCAAGAAAGCUAUUCGCUGUGAUAGCCUCAUCAGGACUAUCACAGGAAAAGACGGUAUGCCCAAGGAGUGGGACAAACUCAUGGAAGCUGCGAAGAUAGCAGCGCAAACUGAAGAGUCACUGGCUGGUACCAAGAAUUCUUACACUGAAGAUCGUUUUUCCAAGAAAAGCCCGCGCGAUAACAACAGGCGCAACAAAAACAAGAACCCUGGAUGGAAAGCCAACCAGUCUAGCGGUUAUGAUGAAAGGCCUCGCUUUAGAGGGGAUGCGCGAGACACGAUCGAUCGCAUUGGUUAUAGAAAAGCAGCCAGGAACGAGAAUCGAGAAAAGCACUGGACUCCGCUCAUUAAGACACCAAAGGAGGUGCUCAUGAUGGAGAACCAUGACUGCAAGGCACCAAAGCCUAUGACGAACAAGAAGGGCCAAGACCCGAAUCUGUAUUGCGAUUUUCACAAAGAUACAGGUCACCUGACGGAUGACGGUAUCAGUCUAAGGCAAGAAAUUGAAAAGGCGCCGAAGAGCGGAAAGUUAAGCCAUCUGGUUAAGAACGUGCGCAAGGAGACGCACCAGAUUCAGAGGAGUGAAGAUGGAAACCAGAAGAAGGUUAGACGCUUAGAGACGCACAUGGUCAAUGGACCAAGAUACAGCGCGAGAGACAAGGGCAAGCGCCCAUUCGAACCAGCAUGGCAAGAACAACAGGUCAUCUACCGGAAUCAUAGGUCACUAUGA